ACAAAUAAGUAUAGAACGUUAGAAGCGACUGCUGACUUUUCGCGUCCAAUUUUUGUGAUCAGCUUUAAAAUGAUUGCUUUUCUUUUAAUUAUUAGUCUUUGCGGUUUUUCCGUUCACGGGUCUGCCAUCCCGACCUAUGACAUCAGGCUCCAGUCACCCCGGAUCGUGGGCGGAUUGGACGCACCCGAUGGUGGCAUACCCUAUCAGGCCUCUCUGAGGACCAUCUUCGACUCGCACUUCUGCGGCGGAUCCAUUCUGAGCAAGAACUUCGUUCUGACCGCAGCCCAUUGUACUGUCGGCCAAUACCCAGCGUUCAUCAAAGUGACAGUGGGCACCAACAGCCUCGUCAGCGGCGGUCAGUCGUACGCCGUCUCCAAGCUCAUCGUCCACGAGGGUUACGACGCCUCCCUGAUCGCCAAUGACGUCAGCUUGGUCAAGCUUGCCCAGGACAUUGUAUUCUCAAAUAGGGUACAGCCAAUUGAGCUGCCUGCUGGUGAUACAGAGGCAGGAGCUGAUCUUGUGCUCACUGGCUGGGGAAGAACUUCGUACCCUGGAGAGCUCCCCGACAACCUGCAGAUCAUCAACCUGAAGGCAGUCAGCGUGGAGACCUGCCAGUCGCUGUACAGCGGCAUCAACCAAGUGUUCAGCUCACAGAUCUGCUCCCUCACCAAGAGUGGCGAAGGAGCUUGCCACGGUGAUUCUGGCGGUCCUCUUGUCGAAAACGGCAAAGUGGUGGGCAUCGUCUCUUGGGGCAUGCCCUGUGCGCGUGGUUACCCAGAUGUCUACACCCGAGUCCACUCCUUCAAGGAUUGGAUCGUGAAGAAUCAGCAGUAGGAGAGAAGAACGUGGAACCUAGUCUGCAAGGCGGUUGCGUUCUUUCAGCUUUAUGUCUCUUCUCUUAAGGCAACAUCUCGAAUAUACGCACGUUUUGCAGAAUACGGCCUCAAAAUUCUUGAGGUUUAUACCUAUUUGCCUACCUACCUAGUUAUCUACUUCUAAAAUAUUUUUCAUAUUAACUAGGACUUAAAUAAUGCGUCUAAUUCUGAAGUUCUGGAAUACCAACCGGCCAUAAAAUGUAAAAAUAUACCUAGAUAAUAAAAAUGUUUUUAAAUAAA